CAGCAGUGGAGCCCCAUUGUGGACCAGGAGGACCCAGAGCCCCCCCACAUUAAAGAGGAACAGCAGGAACCGUGGACCAAUCAGGAGGGAGAGCAGCUUCAACAACUUGAGGAGGCUGAUAUCAAGUUCACAUGGACUGCUGUCACUAUAAAGAGUGAAGAAGAUGAAGAGGAACCUGAGUUGUCACAGCUUCAUCAGAGUCGAACUGAGGAGAACAGAGCGGACUGUGGAGAACAAGAACCAGCCAGGAACUCAGGUCCUGAUGGACAUUUACAACAAGGUACUGAGGACAAGAAUGAAGACAGUGAAGAUGAUUGGAUGCAGACCAGGGAACCUCAAUCUGGUUUAAAUACAACAAAUAACAAACAGCCUCUAAGUGAUAUGAAAUGUAAAACUGGUAAGAAAGCAUUUGGUUGUUCUGAGUGUGGUAAAAGAUUCAGACGAAAGUGGGAUCUAACAAUACACAUGAGGGCUCAUACAGGAGAGAGACCAUUUAGUUGUUCUGAGUGUAGUAAAAGAUUUCUUCAAAACGGUGAUCUAACUGUACAUAUGAGGACUCAUACAGGAGAGAGACGGUUUAGUUGCUCUGAGUGUGGUAAAAGAUUUCUUCAAAAGGGCAAUCUAACUGACCAUAUGAGGAUUCAUACAGGAGAGAAACCGUUUAGUUGCUCUGAGUGUGGUAAAAGUUUUCCUCAAAAGGGCAAUCUAACUGAUCAUAUGAGGAUUCAUACAGGAGAGAAACAGUUUAGUUGCUCAGAGUGUGGUCAAAGAUUCAGACGAAAGUGCGAUCUAACCAAACACAUGAGUACUCAUACAGGAGAGAAACCAUUCAGUUGUUCUGAGUGUUGUAGAAGAUUCAGACGAAACUGCGAUCUAACUGAACAUAUGAGGAUUCAUUCACGAGAGAAACCGUUUAGUUGCUCCAAAUGUGGUAAAAGAUUCAAACGAAAGUGCCAUGUAACUGUACAUAUGAGGACUCAUACAGGAGAGAAAGCAUUUAGUUGCUCCUAGUGUGGGAUAAGAUUUAGACUAAUGGGUAAUGUAAUGGCAUAUGAGUAUUAAUAUAAGAGGGAAUGAAUUUACUUGCUCUGUGUGAUUAAAGAUUUAAGUUGCAUAGUUUGCGACAAAAGAUUUAUUAGGAUUUGUCAGCAACUUUUUAUAUUAUCCAUAUUCAUAGUUCACUUUGUAAGAAGAGAAUUUAGAAUUCCCCCUUUCACCUGUUUUUAUCAGUUAAACAACUUAUUUCUCCCUAGAAAAAAUAACUCAUUGAAUAACAUGAAAGAUUUGUGUUGAUAUUUCUUAUUUCUACUGACUUGAUAUAUGCCACAUAUUUCAUACACAUAUAUACCUAAUGUAUUUUUCAUAAUGUCGUCCGUGUCUGGUAAAAACUUUGCCUGAAAUUAACAGCUGAAUAUACUUAAGAGAAGUCAUACAGGAGAGAAAUUAUUAAAUUGCUGCUAGUCUGGUAAAAGAUUUAAACUAAUGGGCAAUCUGUGUAUACGAUGAGUCAUACAGCAGAUCAUUAUUUUACUUGCUCUCAGUGUGGAAAAAGAUUUAAUUGUAGGUACAAUUUAAAGAGACUAAUGAGGAUUCAUACAGGAGAGAAAUGAAUGGUUUGCAACAAAAUAUUUAUAUAGAUCUAUCAGCAGCUAUCCGUAUUCAUAGUUCACUCUUGUAAAAAGAGAAUUAAGAAUCCCUCCACCUGUUUAGUGUUAAACAACUUUUAUGUUCCUAGAAAAAACAACUCUUUGAAUAAAAUGUAAGAUUUGG